CGUCACUUCCGUCCUGGCCCGGAAGCGGUCUCCUGGCCUCUUCUUUCCUCGCCUCAGCAACUCAAACGGUUCUGGAACAUGAGCUGAGGAGAGUCGUUGUCAAGAUGGCGGCGUCGGGGGGAGGCGGUAGCGCCGGUUCUUCCCCGACGGCAACGGCGGAGCGGGAGCCCGGCUGGGAGGUGGCGGUGCGGCCGCUCCUCUCCGCCUCCUACUCGGCCUUCGAGAUGCGGGAGUUGCCGCAGCUCUUGGCCUCCGUCAUUGAGAGUGAGUCUGAAAUCUUGCACCAUGACAAACAGUAUGAACCUUUCUACUCGUCCUUUGUCGCCCUUGCGACGCACUACAUCACCACAGUGUGUGGACUGGUACCUAGAAAUCAGCUGCAGUCUGUGGCAGCUGCCUGCAAAGUCCUGAUUGAAUUUUCUCUGCUGCGACUUGAAAACCCAGAUGAGGCUUGUGCUGUUUCGCAGAAACACCUGAUCCUGCUGAUCAAGGGCCUGUGUACUGGCUGCAGCCGCCUUGACAGAACCGAAAUCAUCACAUUCACAGCGAUGAUGAAGUCAGCCAAACUACCCCAGACAGUGAAGACCCUCUCUGAUGUGGAGGAUCAGAAAGAGCUGGCAUCUCCAGUCAGCCCCGAACUGCGACAGAAGGAAGUGCAAAUGAACUUCCUCAACCAGCUGACGACUGUCUUUAAUCCCAGAGUGGCAACCUCUCCAAUCCUGCCACAGACUCAGGGGGAAGGUGAAAGUGACGACCAGGCGUCCACGGACCAAGCCUCUGCAGCCAAGACGAAGAGCAUAUUCAUUGCUCAGAACGUGGCCAGCUUGCAAGAACUUGGUGGCUCUGAGAAGCUGCUGCGGGUCUGCCUGAACCUCCCUUACUUCCUGCGCUACAUAAACCGCUUCCAGGAUGCUGUGUCCGCUAAUUCCUUUUUCAUCAUGCCAGCCACGGUAGCUGAUGCCACUGCAGUUCGUAAUGGGUUCCAUUCGCUGGUGAUUGACGUGACCAUGGCCUUGGAUACUCUCUCCCUCCCUGUUCUGGAGCCUCUUACUCCCACAAGGCUGCAGGACGUCACUGUUCUGGCUCUUAGCUGCCUCUAUGCAGGCGUGAGUGUUGCGACCUGCAUGGCCAUCCUGCAUGUAGGCAGCACCCAGCAGGUCCGAACUGGGUCCACAAGUUCAAAAGAAGAAGACUACGAAAAUGAUGCAGCCACCAUUGUGCAGAAAUGUCUUGAAAUCUACGAUAUGAUUGGGCAGGCCAUCAGUAACUCACGCCGUGCAGGUGGGGAGCACUACCAGAACUUCCAGCUGCUUGGCGCCUGGUGUCUGCUGAACAGCCUGUUUCUCAUCUUGAACCUCAGCCCCACGGCCCUGGCUGAUAAGGGGAAGGAGAAAGACCCCCUGGCUGCCCUCCGGGUACGGGACAUCAUUGCUCGUUCCAAAGAGGGAGUGGGAUCUCCCAAACUGGGGCCUGGGAAAGGGCACCAGGGUUUUGGCGUCCUGUCUGUUGUCCUUGCCAACCAUGCCAUUAAGCUGCUCACUUCCCUCUUCCAAGACCUGCAAGUUGAAGCACUUCACAAGGCCUGGGAGACCGAUGGCCCCCCGGCUGUGCUGAACAUCAUGGCCCAGAGCACAUCGAUCCAGCGAAUCCAGCGGUUGAUCGACUCCGUGCCCCUCACAAACUUGCUCCUGACUUUGCUGUCGACCUCGUACAGAAAGGCUUGUGUUCUUCAGCGACAACGAAAGGGCUCCAUGAGCAGCGACGUGAGCGCUUCCACAGACUCCAACACUUACUAUGAGGACGAUUUCAGCAGCACCGAAGACAGCAGCCAGGAUGACGACAGCGAGCCCAUCCUCGGGCAGUGGUUUGAGGAGACCAUUUCUCCCAGCAAAGAGAAAGUGGUCCCUCCUCCGCCACCCCCGUCCCCACCCCUGGAGAGCUCCCCUCGAGUGAAGAGCCCCAACAAGCAGGCCGCAGGAGAAAACGGGAACAUCUUGGCCAGUCGCAAAGAUCCAGAACUGUUCUUAAACCUGGCCUCCAAUAUCCUCAACUUUGUGACUUCCUCCAUGCUGGACUCCAGGAAUAAUUUCAUACGCAACUACCUGAGCGUCUCGCUGACAGAGCAGCACAUGGCCACGCUGGCCUGCAUCAUCAAGGAAGUGGACAAGGACGGGAUCAAAGGUACCACAGAGGAGGAGGAAUUUGCUGCUGCACUGUACCACUUCAACCACUCCUUGGUGACCUCGGACCUCCAGUCCCCCACUUUGCAAAGCACUCUCCUGCAGCAGCUGGGCGUGGCCCCUUUCUCCGAAGGCCCCUGGCCCCUUUACAUUCACCCCCAGAGCUUGUCUGUCCUCUCUCGGCUCCUCCUCAUCUGGCAGCACAAAGCGAGCACCCAAGGAGACCCUGACGUGCCCGAAUGCCUGAAGGUUUGGGAGAGGUUUGUGGGCACCCUGAAGCAGAAUGCCAUGCAGGGGACGCUCCCUGGCGACACCGAGGACCUGAACGUCGAGCACCUCCAGCUGCUCCUGCUGAUCUUCCACAGCUUCUCCGAGAAAGGCCGCCGGUCGGUCUUGACUCUCUGCAUCCAGACCAUCCUGGAGCUGAUGGCCAACCUGGAUUCGCAGCUGAGCUGCGUCCCUCUUCUCCUGGCCCGCCUCCUCUUGGUCUUCGACUACCUGCUUCACCAAUAUUCAAAGGUUCCGGUGUACCUGUUCGAACAGGUGCAAUACAACUUGCUCACCCCACCCAUUGUUUGGGCUGGCGGGUCCCAGGAUGGCAGUCGGCGAACCUCUUCUCCCCUCUACCAUGGGUUCAAGGAAGUGGAAGAGAACUGGGCCAAGCACUGCUCAUCAGAUGCAGCCCCCCAACCCAGGUUCUACUGCAUUCUCUCACCGGAAGCACCUGAGGACGAUCUGAACCGCCUUGAUAACACGGUGUGCGAGGUCUUGUUUGCGAAGGCCACAAAAUACGAUGACCUGUACUCGGCCCUCACCUCGCUGCUGGCUGCUGGCUCCCAGUUCGACACCCUCCGAAGAAAGGAGAACAAAAAUGUCACCGCACUGGAGGCCUGUGCGCUUCAAUACUACUUCUUGAUCCUCUGGCGGAUCCUGGGGAUCUUACCACCCUCCAAGAACUACAUGAACCAGCUGGCGAUGAACAGCCCUGAGAUGAGCGAGUGUGACAUCCUGCACACCCUGCGCUGGUCUUCCCGUCUGCGUAUCCCCACCUAUGUCAGCUGGAUCAAGGAUCACCUUGUUAAGCAGGGCAUGAAAUCUGAACAUGCCACUUCUCUCGUUGAGCUGACCUCGGUCAAGUGCAGCUGUGUGAAGUACGACGUGGAAAUAGCAGAGGAGUACUUUGCCAGACAGAUCUCCUCAUUCUGUGGGAUCGACUGCACCACCAUCCUUAGGCUGCACGAGAUCCCCAGCUUGCAGUCGAUUUAUACCCUGGACGCUGCCAUUUCCAAGGUCCAGGUCUCCCUCGACGAGCACUUCUCCAAGCUGGCCGCUGAGACUGACCCCCACAAGUCGUCUGAGAUCACGAAGAACUUGCUCCCGGCUACCUUGCAGUUGAUCGACACCUAUGCCACCUUCACCAGGUCUUACUUACUGCAGAGCCUCUCGGAAGAAGGCGCUUCUGAGAACAAGCCCACAGAGGAGAAGCUACAGGGCUACGCAGCUGUCCUGGCUAUCGGCUCCAGCCGAUGCAAAUCCAACACUUUGGGACCAGCCCUUGUCCAGAACUUGCCUUCAGCUGUGCAGUCUUUGUGUGAAUCAUGGAACAACAUCCACACCAAUGAAUUCCCAAACAUUGGCUCAUGGCGCAACGCUUUUGCCAACGACACGAUCCCAGCAGAGAGCUACAUCAGCGCGGUGCAAGCCGCCCACCUUGGCACCCUCUGCAGCCAGAGCCUUCCCCUUGCGGCCUCCUUGAAGCGGACCCUCCUCUCCUUGGUCAGGCUCACUGGUGAUCUCAUUGUCUGGUCAGAUGAACUGAACCCGCCCCAGGUGAUCCGCACACUGCUUCCCCUUCUCCUGGAGACCAGCACGGAGAGCGUAGCGGAGAUCAGCAGCAACUCCCUCGAGAGGAUCCUGGGCCCAGCGGAAUCGGACGAGUUCCUGUCACGUGUCUAUGAAAAAUUGAUCAUGGGCUGUUACAACAUCCUGGCCAAUCACUCUGACCCCAACAGUGGCCUUGAUGAAUCCAUCUUGGAAGAAUGUCUGCAGCAUCUGGAAAAGCAACUGGAAAGCAGCCAGGCCCGGAAAGCGAUGGAAGAGUUUUUUUCCGAGAGUGGAGAACUGGUGCAGAUCAUGAUGGCGACAGCCAACGAAAGCCUUUCGGCGAAGUUCUGCAACAGGGUCCUGAAGUUCUUCACCAAGCUCUUCCAGCUGACUGAGAAGAGCCCCAACCCCAGCCUCCUGCGCCUGUGCGGCUCCUUGGCCCAGCUGGCAUGCGUAGAGCCAGUGCGCCUCCAGGCCUGGCUGACCCGGAUGACCACCUCACCCCCGAAAGAGUCUGACCAGCUGGAGGUGGUGCAGGAGAACAGGCAGCUGCUCCAGCUGCUGACAACCUACAUUGUCCGAGAGAACAGCCAAGUCGGCGAAGGCGCCUGCACUGUCCUCCUGAGCACCCUGAUCCCGAUGGCCACGGAGAUGCUGGCAAAUGGUGAUGGAACUGGCUUUCCCGAGCUGAUGGUAGUCAUGGCCACUCUGGCCAGCGCUGGUCAAGGGGCAGGGCACCUCCAGCUUCACAGCGCCGCUGUCGAUUGGCUGAGCAGAUGCAAGAAAUACUUGUCUCAGAAGAACGUUGUUGAGAAAAUGAAUGCCAACGUCAUGCAUGGAAAGCACGUGACUAUCCUGGAAUGCACCUGCCAUAUCGUCUCCUACCUGGCUGAUGUCACCAAUGCCCUGAGCCAGACCGGCGGGCAGGGCCCCAGCCACCUCUCUGUCGAUGGGGAGGAGCGGGCCAUCGAGGUGGACUCAGACUGGGUGGAGGAGCUGGCUGUGGAGGAGGAGGACUCCCAAGCUGAAGACUCGGACGAGGACUCGCUCUGCAACAAACUUUGUACGUUUACCAUCACUCAGAAAGAAUUCAUGAACCAACACUGGUACCACUGCCACACCUGUAAGAUGGUCGACGGCGUCGGGGUCUGCACCGUUUGUGCGAAGGUUUGCCACAAGGACCACGAGAUCUCGUAUGCCAAGUACGGCUCUUUCUUUUGCGACUGUGGGGCAAAGGAGGACGGCAGCUGCCUGGCCUUGGUGAAGAGGACGCCCAGCAGCGGCAUGAGCUCCACCAUGAAGGAGUCUGCCUUCCAGAGCGAGACCCGCGUCCCUGAGAGCGUCGUCCGGCACUCCAGCACCUCCCCCACGGACAAAUCCAAGACCUCCAUCAACGAUGGGCGGGGAGGGUCUGACGAGGAGAAGCCCAAGAAGAGCAGCCUGUGCCGGAACGUGGAGGGCUGCCGGGAGCAGCUGCAGUCCCAGGUCAACUUCUCCUUUGCUCCUCUGGUGCUGGACAUGCUGAACUUCCUCAUGGAAGCCAUCCAGGUCAACUUCCAGCAGGCCUCAGCCAUGGGCAGCAGCAGCCGAGCCCAGCAGGCCCUCAGUGAGCUCCACACCUUGGACAAGACGGUGGAAAUGACAGAUCAGCUGAUGGUGCCAACUCUCGGCUCUCAAGAAGGUGCCUUUGAGAAUGUCCGCAUGAACUACAGCGGGGACCAGGGCCAGACCAUCCGGCAGCUGAUCAGCGCCCAUGUACUGCGGCGAGUGGCCAUGUGCGUGCUUUCCUCGCCUCAUGGGCGUCGCCAGCAUCUGGCCGUCAGCCAUGAGAAGGGCAAGAUCACGGUCUUGCAACUCUCGGCGUUGCUGAAGCAAGCCGAUUCCAGCAAACGGAAACUGACCCUGACUCGCCUGGCGUCCGCCCCGGUUCCCUUCACUGUGCUGAGCCUGACGGGGAACCCUUGCAAGGAGGACUACCUGGCUGUGUGUGGGCUGAAGGACUGCCAUGUGCUCACCUUCAGCAGCUCUGGAUCUGUCUCGGACCACCUGGUCCUUCACCCUCAGCUGGCCACGGGCAACUUCAUCAUCAAAGCUGUGUGGCUGCCAGGCUCGCAGACGGAGCUCGCCAUCGUCACCGCGGAUUUUGUGAAGAUUUACGACCUCUCAGUGGAUGCCUUGAGCCCAACUUUCUACUUCCUGCUGCCCAGCUCCAAGAUCAGGGACAUUACUUUCCUGUUCAACGAAGAGGGCAAGAACAUUGUGGUCAUCAUGUCAUCUGCCGGCUACAUCUACACCCAGCUCAUGGAGGAAGCCAGCAGUGCCCAGCAUGGCCCUUUCUAUGUCACCAAUGUCCUAGAAAUCUCACAUGAUGACCUGAAGGACAGCAACGGUCAGGUGGCCGGAGGCGGUGUUUCUGUCUACUAUUCCCACGUCCUGCAGAUGCUGUUCUUCAGCUACUGCCAAGGCAAGUCCUUUGCGGCCACCGUCAGCCGGGCCACGCUGGAAGUGAUGCGCCUCUUCCCCAUCAACGUCAAAAGCUCCAACGGGGGCAGCAAGACCUCCCCAGCACUCUGCCAGUGGUCAGAGGUGAUGAACCACCCUGGCCUGGUGUGCUGUGUGCAGCAGACGACCGGCGUCCCUCUGGUGGUGAUGGUGAAGCCAGACACUUUUCUGAUCCAGGAAAUUAAAACCUUACCAGCUAAGGCAAAGAUCCAAGACAUGGUGGCCAUCCGGCACACGGCCUGCAACGAGCAGCAGCGGACCACCAUGAUCCUCCUGUGCGAGGACGGCAGCCUGCGGAUCUACAUGGCCAACGUGGAGAACACGUCCUACUGGCUCCAACCCUCCCUCCAGCCCAGUAGCGUCAUCAGCAUCAUGAAGCCCGUCCGCAAGCGCAAAGCGGCAGCCAUCAGUAAGUCGCUGCAAGCAACCCGCACCUCCACCCAGGUGAAUUUCCCCAUCGACUUCUUCGAGCACAACCAGCAGCUGACGGACGUGGAGUUUGGUGGCAAUGACCUCCUGCAGGUCUACAACGCCCAGCAGAUCAAGCAUCGGCUCAACUCCACCGGCAUGUAUGUGGCCAACACCAAGCCUGGCGGCUUCACCAUCGAAGUGACCAACAACAACAGCACCAUGGUGAUGACCGGCAUGAGGGUCCAGAUCGGGACUCAGGCCAUCGAGCGAGCCCCCUCCUACCUGGAGAUCUUUGGCCGCACCAUGCAGCUGAACCUGAGCCGGCCACGGUGGUUUGACUUCCCUUUCACCCGAGAGGAGGCCCUGCAGGCAGACAAGAAGCUGACCAUCUUUGUCGGGGCGUCUGUGGAUCCCGCCGGCGUCACCAUGCUGGACGCCAUCAAAAUCUACGGCAAGACGAAGGAGCAGUUUGGCUGGCCGGAUGAGCCCCCGGAGGAUUUCCCGUCAGCCUCAGUCAGCAACGUCUGCCCCCCCAACCUGAAUCAGAGCAAUGGGACUGGAGACACAGAAUCGGCUACUCCGGCAGCUGCUAGUGGCACUGUUCUCGAGAGUUCUGAAACUGAGUCCUUAACCACCCUGGACCGGCUAGUAGUCAGUUCUUUAGAAGCUCUGGAAAGCUGCUUUGCCGUCGGACCAGUCAACGAGAAGGAGAAGAGCAAGGCUGCUGCUCAAGAGUUGGCUACCAUGCUUCUGUCGACGCCAGCCCCCUCCAGCGUCCAGCAACAGACCAAGAGCCUCCUGGCCAGUCUCCACACCAGCCGCUCGGCCUACCACAACCACAAGGAUCAGGCUCUGCUGAGCAAAGCCAUCCAGUAUCUGACGGCUUCAAGCAAAGAGGGGAAGGACCUUGACCCGGAAGUGUUCCAGAGGCUGGUCAUCACUGCCCGCUCCAUCGCCAUCAUGAGACCCAAUAACUUGGUCCACUUCACAGAGUCAAAGCUGCCUCAGCUGGAAGCAGAAGGGGGUGAAGAAGCUCAGGAGACCCAGAAGAACGCCGAAGGAGAAGGGUGCACUUUUAUUACACAGCUGGUCAACCAUUUCUGGAAACUGCAUGCCUCAAAGCCCAAGAAUGCCUUCUUGGCCCCUGCUUGCUUGCCAGGCUUGACCCACGUGGAAGCCACCGUCAACGCUCUUGUGGACAUAAUCCAUGGCUAUUGCACCUGUGAGCUGGACUGCAUCAACACGGCCUCCAAAAUCUACAUGCAGAUGUUGCUGUGCCCGGAUCCAGCCGUGAGCUUUUCCUGCAAGCAAGCUUUGAUCCGUGUGUUGAGGCCCAGGAACAAGCGGAGGCACGUGACGCUGCCCUCGUCUCCUCGGAGCAACACCCCGAUGGGAGAUAAAGACGAUUAUGACGAUGACGAUGCAGAGGAUAAGAUGCCGAGCUCUGGGAUCCCGAAUGGCGAAGACAUCCGGCAGGAGAGCCAGGAGCAAAGCGAGGUGGACCACGGGGACUUUGAGAUGGUGUCCGAGUCGAUGGUGUUGGAGACUGCAGAGAACGUGAACAAUGGCAACCCCUCUCCUCUGGAAGCCCUCUUGGCUGGGGCUGAGGGGUUUCCUCCCAUGCUGGACAUCCCCCCAGAUGCCGACGAUGAGACGAUGGUGGAGCUUGCCAUUGCCCUGAGUCUGCAACAAGACCAGCAAGGGAGCAGCAGCAGUGCACUUGGACUGCAGAGCCUGGGGCUGUCCGGCCAAGCCCCCAGCUCUUCAUCUCUCGACGCCGGGACCCUUUCGGACACGACAGCAUCAGCUCCAGCUUCUGACGACGAAGGCAGCACGGCAGCAACAGACGGGUCCACCUUGCGGACCUCCCCGGCUGACCACGGCGGCAGCGUGGGCUCCGAGAGCGGCGGCAGCGCGGUGGAUUCGGUGGCUGGAGAGCACAGUGUGUCCGGCCGCAGCAGCGCCUACGGAGACACGACCGCCGAGGGCCACCCUGCUGGGCCAGGGAGCGUCAGCUCCAGCACGGGCGCCAUCAGCACCACCACCGGGCAGCAGGAGGGCGAAGGGUCCGAAGGGGAAGGAGAAGGAGAGGCGGAAGGAGACGUCCACGCCAGCAACAGGCUGCACAUGGUCCGUCUGAUGCUGCUGGAGAGGCUGCUGCAGACCCUUCCCCAGCUGAGGAACGUGGGCGGGGUCCGUGCCAUCCCUUACAUGCAGGUGAUCCUGAUGCUUACGACAGACCUGGACGGCGACGACGAGAAGGACAAGGGUGCCCUGGAUAACCUCCUUGCCCAGCUCAUCGCAGAACUGUGCAUGGAUAAAAAGGACGUCUCCAAGAAAAACGAGCGCACCGCCCUGAACGAAGUCCACCUGGUGAUCAUGCGGCUGCUGAGCGUCUUCAUGUCGCGAACGAAGUCAGGGUCCAAAUCUUCCAUUUGCGAGUCCUCUUCCCUGAUCUCCAGUGCCACCGCAGCCGCCCUGCUGAGCUCUGGCGCAGUGGACUACUGCCUGCAUGUCUUGAAAUCCCUCCUGGAAUACUGGAAGAACCAACAGAAUGACGAGGAGCCUGUGGCCACCAGCCAGCUGCUGAAACCUCACACCACCUCCUCCCCACCAGACAUGAGCCCCUUUUUCCUGCGCCAGUAUGUCAAGGGCCACGCCGCUGACGUCUUCGAAGCUUACACCCAACUCUUGACGGAGAUGGUGCUGCGGUUGCCGUACCAAAUCAAGAAGAUCGCUGACACCAACUCCCGCAUCCCGCCACCGGUCUUUGACCAUUCCUGGUUCUACUUCCUCUCGGAGUACCUGAUGAUCCAGCAGACGCCCUUUGUGAGGCGCCAGGUCCGCAAGCUCCUGCUCUUCAUCUGCGGCUCCAAGGAGAAGUACCGCCAGCUGCGCGACCUGCACACACUAGAUUCCCACGUCCGGGGGAUCAAGAAGCUGCUAGAGGAGCAAGGGAUCUUCCUGAGGGCCAGCGUGGUCACGGCCAGCUCGGGAUCUGCUCUGCAGUACGACACACUGAUCAAUUUGAUGGAGCACUUGAAAGCCUGUGCGGAAAUCGCCACGCAGCGGACAGUGAACUGGCAGAAGUUCUGCAUCAAGGAUGACUCCGUCCUCUACUUCCUCCUGCAAGUCAGCUUCCUGGUCGACGAGGGCGUGUCCCCCGUCCUGCUGCAGCUCCUUUCCUGCGCCCUGUGCGGCAGCAAAGUCCUCUCGGCGGCAUCUUCCUCUGGAUCAUCCGGUGCGUCAACCUCGACGCCUGCGGGCUCCGGGACCUCUGGGCAGCCAGCCGGGCAGAGCAAAUCCUCCACUAAGAAGAGCAAGAAGGAAGAGAAAGAGAAAGACCGAGAGGGAGAGGGUUCAUCGGGCAGCCAGGAAGACCAGCUGUGCACAGCUCUGGUGAACCAGCUGAAUAAGUUUGCUGACAAGGAGACCCUGAUUCAGUUCCUGCGUUGCUUCCUGCUAGAGUCCAACUCGUCCUCUGUCCGCUGGCAGGCCCACUGCCUGACGCUCCACAUCUACAGAAACUCAAACAAGUCCCAGCAGGAGCUGCUACUAGAUCUCAUGUGGUCAAUCUGGCCAGAGCUGCCGGCUUACGGACGGAAAGCUGCCCAGUUUGUGGACCUCCUGGGCUACUUCUCCCUGAAGACGCAGCAGACAGAGAAGAAGUUAAAGGAAUAUUCCCAAAAAGCUGUUGAGAUCCUACGGAUGCAAAACCACAUCCUGACCAACCAUCCCAACUCAAAUAUUUAUAACACACUGUCUGGUCUGGUGGAAUUUGACGGCUACUAUUUGGAGAGCGACCCCUGCCUUGUUUGCAACAACCCAGAAGUUCCAUUCUGCUACAUCAAACUUUCUUCCAUCAAAGUGGACACUCGGUAUACCACCACCCAGCAGGUGGUGAAGCUCAUUGGCAGCCACACCAUCAGCAAAGUGACCGUGAAGAUCGGGGACCUGAAACGCACCAAGAUGGUCCGGACUAUCAACCUCUAUUACAACAACCGGACAGUGCAGGCCAUUGUGGAGCUCAAAAACAAGCCAGCCCGCUGGCAUAAGGCUAAGAAGGUCCAGCUCACCCCGGGCCAGACGGAGGUGAAGAUCGACCUACCAUUGCCCAUCGUGGCUUCCAACCUGAUGAUUGAGUUUGCAGACUUCUAUGAGAACUACCAGGCAUCUACAGAGACCCUCCAGUGCCCCCGGUGCAGCGCUUCCGUCCCGGCCAACCCCGGGGUGUGCGGGAACUGCGGGGAGAACGUCUACCAGUGCCACAAGUGCAGGUCCAUCAAUUAUGACGAGAAGGACCCCUUCCUCUGCAACGCCUGCGGGUUCUGCAAGUACGCUCGCUUUGACUUCAUGCUGUAUGCCAAGCCCUGCUGCGCAGUGGAUCCAAUUGAGAAUGAGGAGGACAGGAAAAAGGCCGUAACCAACAUCAACAGCCUCCUGGACAAGGCGGACCGAGUGUACCACCAGCUCAUGGGUCACAGGCCACAGCUGGAAAACCUCCUCUGCAAAGUGAACGAGGCAGCGCCCGAAAAGCCACAGGAUGACACCGGCGGGAGUGGAGGAAUCAGCUCCACCUCGGCCAGCGUCAACAGGUACAUCCUUCAGCUGGCCCAGGAGUAUUGCGGAGACUGCAAAAACUCUUUCGACGAGCUCUCCAAGAUUAUCCAGAAAGUCUUUGCCUCCAGGAAGGAGCUCCUGGAGUAUGACCUCCAGCAGAGAGAAGCGGCCAGCAAGUCCUCCUGCUCUGCCGUGCAGCCCACUUUCACCGCCAGCCAGUACCGGGCGCUCUCCGUCUUGGGCUGCGGCCACACCUCCUCCACGAAGUGCUACGGCUGCGCCUCGGCCGUCACCGAACACUGCAUCACACUGCUCCGCGCCCUGGCCACCAACGCCGCCAUCCGCCACAUCCUCAUCUCCCAGGGACUCAUCCGAGAGCUCUUCGACUACAACCUGCGCCGUGGCGCGGCCACCAUGCGGGAAGAAGUCCGGCAGCUCAUGUGCCUCCUCACCAGGGACAAUCCGGAAGCCACCCAGCAGAUGAACGACCUCAUCAUCAGCAAGGUGUCUGCGGCUCUGAAGGGUCACUGGGCGAACCCUGACCUGGCCAGCAGCCUUCAGUAUGAGAUGCUGCUGCUGACAGACUCCAUCUCCAAGGAAGACAGCUGCUGGGAGCUGAGGCUGCGCUGUGCUCUCAGUCUCUUCCUGAUGGCCGUCAACAUCAAGACGCCGGUGGUGGUGGAGAACAUCACUCUCAUGUGCCUGCGCAUCCUGCAGAAGCUGAUCAAGCCCCCGGCUCCAACCAGCAAGAAGAACAAGGACACCCCUGUGGACUCCUUGACCACCGUCAAGCCCUACAGCAAUGAAAUCCACGCUCAAGCCCAACUCUGGCUCAAGAGGGACCCCAAAGCUUCAUACGAGGCUUGGAAGAAAUGCCUCCCUGCCAGAGGCCUCGACGCCAAUGGAAAGUCGCCCAGCAGGACGGAGCUUCGCCACCUUUACCUGACGGAAAAGUACACCUGGAAGUGGAAGCAGUUCAUGAGCAGGCGGGGGAAGAGGACCUGCCCCCUGGAUCUCAAGCUGGGACACAACAAUUGGCUGCGGCAGGUCUUGUUCACGCCUGCAACCCAGGCUGCCCGGCAGGCUGCCUGCACCAUCGUUGAAGCUCUGGCCACUAUCCCCAGUCGGAAGCAGCAAAUCCUCGACCUGCUCACCAGUUACCUGGAUGAGUUGAGCAUGGCUGGGGAAUGUGCAGCAGAGUACCUGGCGCUCUACCAGAAACUCAUCAAGCCUGCCUGCUGGAAGGUCUACCUGGCGGCCAGGGGGGUCCUGCCUUACGUUGGCAACCUCAUUACAAAGGAAAUUGCCCGUCUACUCGCCCUGGAGGAGGCCACACUCAGCACUGACCUGCAGCAGGGAUACGCUUUGAAGAGCAUCACAGGCCUCCUUUCCUCCUUUGUGGAGGUCGAGUCCAUCAAACGACACUUCAAGAGCCGCCUGGUGGGGACUGUGCUGAACGGCUACCUGUGCCUGAGGAAGUUGGUGGUGCAGCGGACCAAGCUGAUCGACGAGACCCAGGACAUGCUGCUGGAGAUGCUGGAGGACAUGACGACAGGCACAGAAUCUGAAACGAAGGCCUUCAUGGCAGUGUGCAUUGAAACGGCCAAGCGUUACAGCCUCGUUGACUACCGGACACCCGUCUUCAUUUUUGAGAGGCUCUGCAGCAUUAUCUAUCCGGAGGAGAACGAGGUGACGGAGUUCUUUGUCACCCUGGAGAAGGACCCGCAGCAGGAAGACUUCCUCCAGGGGCGGAUGCCUGGCAACCCCUACAGCAGCAACGAGCCGGGCAUUGGGCCCCUGAUGAGGGACAUCAAGAACAAGAUCUGCCAGGACUGCGACUUGGUGGCUCUGCUGGAGGACGACAGUGGGAUGGAGCUCUUGGUGAACAACAAGAUCAUCAGCCUUGACCUCCCGGUGGCUGAGGUAUACAAGAAAGUCUGGUGCCCAACCAAUGAGGGGGAGCCCAUGAGGAUCAUUUACCGCAUGCGAGGCUUACUGGGCGAUGCGACAGAAGAGUUCAUUGAGUCGUUGGACUCCACUACAGCCUCUUUCUUUUCCACAGAUGAAGCGGAGGAUGAGGAAGAAGUGUACAAAAUGGCGGGCGUGAUGGCACAGUGCGGGGGGCUGGGCUGCAUGCUGAACCGCUUGACCGGCAUCAAGGAUUUCAAGCAAGGCCGACACCUCCUGACAGUGCUGCUGAAACUCUUCAGCUACUGUGUCAAAGUGAAGGUUAACCGCCAGCAGCUGGUGAAGCUGGAGAUGAACACUCUCAACGUCAUGCUGGGGACCCUCAACCUGGCUCUCGUGGCUGAGCAGGAGAGCAAAGACAGCGGAGGGGCAGCUGUCGCCGAGCAGGUGCUCAGCAUCAUGGAGAUCAUCCUGGAUGAGUCCAACGCAGAGCCACUAAGUGAGGACAAGGGCAACCUCCUCCUCACGGGAGACAAGGACCAGCUGGUGAUGCUGCUGGACCAGAUCAACAGCACCUUCGUCCGCUCCAACCCUAGCGUCCUGCAGGGCCUGCUCCGCAUCAUCCCUUACCUGUCCUUUGGGGAGAUGGAGAAGAUGCAGAUCCUGGUCGAUCGCUUCAAGCCCUACUGCAGCUUCGACAAGUACGAUGAGGAGCACAGUGGGGAUGACAAGGUCUUCCUGGACUGUUUCUGCAAAAUAGCAGCUGGCAUCAAGAACAACACUAAUGGGCACCUCCUGAAAGACCUCAUCCUCCAGAGGGGGAUCACGCAGAACGCCCUCGACUACAUGAAGAAGCACAUCCCCAGUGCCAAGAAUUUGGAUGCUGAUGUGUGGAAGAAAUUCCUCUCCCGGCCAGCCCUUCCUUUCAUCCUCCGGCUGCUCCGAGGUCUCGCCACGCAGCACCCCCCAACACAGGUCCUCAUUGGGACCGACUCGAUCACAAACCUGCACAAGCUGGAGCAAGUCUCCAGUGACGAAGGGAUUGGGACGCUGGCCGAGAAUCUCCUGGAGGCCCUGCGGGAGCACCCAGAGGUGAACAAGAAGAUUGACGCCGCCCGGAGAGAGACGCGAGCGGAGAAGAAGCGCAUGGCCAUGGCGAUGCGCCAGAAAGCGUUGGGCACCCUUGGCAUGACGACCAACGAGAAGGGCCAGGUGGUGACAAAGACAGCGCUGUUGAAGCAGAUGGAGGAGCUGAUUGAGGAGCCGGGCCUCACCUGUUGCAUCUGCAGAGAGGGCUACAAGUUCCAGCCGACAAAGGUCCUGGGCAUCUACACCUUCACCAAGCGAGUCGCCCUGGAGGAGUUUGAGAACAAGCCUCGGAAGCAGCAGGGCUACAGCACCGUUUCGCACUUUAACAUUGUCCACUACGACUGUCACCUGGCAGCUGUGAGGUUGGCACGUGGGCGCGAGGAAUGGGAGAGUGCAGCCCUGCAGAAUGCCAACACCAAAUGCAACGGCCUCUUGCCGGUGUGGGGGCCCCAUGUCCCAGAAUCGGCCUUUGCCACCUGCUUAGCCAGGCACAACACCUACCUUCAAGAGUGCACGGGGCAGCGGGAGCCCACCUACCAGCUCAAUGUUCAUGACACCAAGCUGCUGUUCCUCCGGUUUGCCAUGGAGCAGUCGUUCAGCGUGGACACAGGCGGCGGAGGGCGGGAGAGCAACGUCCACCUCAUCCCCUACAUCAUUCACACGGUGCUUUAUGUCCUUAACACAACACGAGCAACGUCUCGAGAAGAGAAGAACCUGCAGAGCUUCCUGGAGCACCCAAAGGAGAAGUGGGUGGAGAGUGCCUUUGAGGUGGACGGGCCCCAUUAUUACAUCGUCAUGGCGCUUCACAUCCUGCCCCCGGAGAGGUGGAAGGCGAUGCGCAUCGACAUUCUCAAGCGGCUGCUGGUGAUCUCACACGCUCGGGUGGUGUCACCAGGGGGAGCGAGCAGGCUAACAGAUAAAGCAGUGAAGGACUACUCUGCCUAUCGCUCCGGCCUCCUCUUCUGGGCCCUCGUUGAUCUCAUUUACAACAUGUUCAAAAAGGUGCCUACGAGUAACACAGAGGGGGGCUGGUCCUAUUCUCUGGCAGAAUACAUCCGCCACAAUGACAUGCCCAUCUACGAGGCCGCAGACAAGGCUCUGAAGACUUUCCAGGAGGAGUUUAUGCCUGUGGAGACCUUUUCAGAAUUUCUGGACGUGGCUGGACUGUUGUCAGAAAUCAGCGAUCCCGAUGGCUUCCUCAAGGAUCUCCUCAACUCCAUCCCCUGAGCCCUGAGCGGCUACAUGAAGAGACCACAGUCAGCUUGCCUCCCUGCUGUUCCUCUGUAUCCUGCCCAACCAGCCCGCAAAGAAUGUUGCAGUUACUUUAUCUCCAAGCCCCUUGUCUCCCCCCCCCACCUCGCCCCCUGCCUUGACCCCAAUCUUGGAGUGAUGUUGGAUUUUCAGCUUGUUUUCUCCCCUGUCCACCACCGCCGGUCCACCCCUGUGCUUCUCAAUGUUCUGCCUUGCGUGCUCCGAGCCAGUGAAGGAACGUGCAAGGACUUGAAUAACCCAAGCCGGCCCCAGUCAGUUCUACUGCUUCUUUGUGUGUGUGACCAUUUUACCAGUCAAUAAAUAAGUUAAAUACAA